AUGACCACCACUCGAGAGGCGGCUGCUAAUGGCAAUGGCAAGGCUUCGUUGCGGAAUCUCAAGGCGGCUGAACCCAAGCCAGAUGCCCAAAGCGCAGACCCAUCGGAAGUCACUCCAUUCAGUAUCGACUCUAUCGGUGCAUCAUCGUCGUCCGCUAUUGCCAGCUCCAAGGCCGGGUCAUCGUCCACCUCGUCGUCCCCCAAUGUCGACUGGCUAGUCUCUCGAGUCCACCAGCUGGAGGAAAAGCUUGCCAAGGCUCUGCGUAUCAACGACGCUUCAGAUGGGGCCAAGAAUCGCCCGUCUGCGCAGGAGACGGCGGAGACGGCGGAGCCAGCGGAGGGAUUCGUGGCCAAAUCUCGAUAUUUUGCCCAUAGCCAUUGGAUAUAUGGAUUGAGCAUGCUUACUAUGGAAAAGGAUCUCAUGGGCCAAGACAAGGUCAACCAAGGAGAUCUGUAUCAGUCACUUGGCAGAUGCAAAGUCCUCGCGCGCAAGAUCAAAAAGAAUCGCUUUAAGCCACUCUCAUCUACUACUCUAGGACUCCGGGUUCCUGCCCGGGAGCUUGCGGAUGAGCUUGUCGAAAACUAUCUUCGCACUUUCGAAGGUAUCUUCCGUGUCGUUCAUAUACCCACGUUCAGGGCUGAGUAUGCGAGGUUCUGGGACGCUAGCCAUCCAUCCAAUGACUCCUUUGUUAUCCUGCUCCAGCUCGUCAUGGCACUUGGGGCGACUGUGCAUGAUUCUGUCUUCUCCCUGCGGCCAAUGGCGACGCAGUGGAUAUUUGAAGCCCAGAUGUGGCUUAUCGUUCCGCCGGAGAAGAAAAGGAUUAACAUCGAGGGCAUUCAAAUACAGUGUCUUUUGCUCCUCGCAAAAUCUACGUGCAACGUCGGUUCAGACAUGGUGUGGAUGAUGGCGGGGAAUCUGGUGAGAAACGCCAUGUUUGUGGGGCUUCAUCGUGACCCUCAAUAUCUCGGAGACAUGACGAUAUAUCGAGCCGAGAUGCGACGUCGUCUAUGGGCCACUGUCUUGGAGCUGAACGUGCAGUUUUCUUUUGAUGCUGGGGGCUCGCCGCUGCUUUCCACCGCCCAUUACGACACUCUGCCUCCGGCCAAUGUAAACGACGACGAACUCACUGACGAGAAGGACAAUGGCGGAAUUGCAAAAGGCCCAAAGGUGCCGACCCAGACGUCAGUUUUGAGGGCUCUACUGGCGACGAUACCACUACGCUUGAAUCUCAUCAACCAUGUCAACAAUACAAGACCAGGCGAUCACUACGAAGAAACGCUGCGGCUGAACUCGGAUCUGACGAAAUCUUGCCGAGCCAUCUCAGAGUCUCUCAUGGCUCUCAAAGCAAUGCCGAAUUCGCCAAUCACAGAGUUCCAUGUUUCAGUGACAGAGAUAUUCCUCUAUCGCUGCUUCCACGCACUUCACCAGCCCGUCAUUGUCAAAUAUCUAAACGACGCUAGAUUCUACUUUUCGCGACAGAUGUGUCUGGAUAGCGCACUGAAGCUCACGCACAUCUGGGGCUUCCCAGAUGCCUGGUCUACAGACAAUCCCACAGCCGGCGAAGCCAUGGAUCCCGACCUUAAGCGACUAGUCACCAACGGAACGGGCAUGUUUCACAACGUCGCAUCGCAAGCCAUGCUCAACAUCCAUAUAGAGCUCAUCCACGCCAAAGCCGGCCAGGCUUCGAGCCUCGGCUAUCUCCCGACAGUGGGCAGCACCAACCUGCGUGCCCGACUCGACGCCACACGAGAGUGGAAACUCAACCGGGUACGCGCCGGCGAGACAAACGUCAAGGGCAUGAUCUUCAUGGCGGCAUGCCUCGCCCACAUCCAGGCGCUGGAGGCCGGGCUCGACACGAAGGAGAGGACGCGCCUGAUGUUCGAAGCGUCGAUAGCCAUGGGUAAGCAGUGCUUUGGGAUCCUCAAGGAGGUGGCCGAGCGAGAAGGGCUGCCUGCAUGCGAGUGGGACGAUUAUGAGAUAGCGAGCGUGGACGGGCUGUCACCCAUGUCAGGGAUGUCGACGGAUUGGAUGCAAGAUUGGGUGUUUGAAGGUGACCAAGGGAUUUCGUUUCCGCAGUGGGAUCCUGAUUUUGAAAGCGCCGACUUUAUGGACGACCUGGACUUUGAUAUUGGCCAGAUGUAG